AUGGUUGUCCUCGGCCUCGUAGGGCCGCUACAAAGCGGCAAGACCUCAGUCGCGGAAAUCCUUCGCGCCAAAUACAACUUCACCGUCAUCUACCUACCUAGCACUUCUCCGUACUCUUUGUCUCGUCAGUUCUCCCGGGCUUCUUCUCGCGCGGCUUCUCCUCUCUCGCUAACGCUCUCCGUCUCUCCUCCAGCCUUGCCAUGUGGCAUCGACGGCAAUGAACGCGAUGAGAGAGCAGGGGGCGACGCGCAUGCAGGCGUACAUUUCCACCCAUUGAACCAAAAGGGGCAUCGAGCAUCGGCAGCUCCUGCAGCGACGCAUUCAGGAAAGCGAGGAGACGAGGCCACGCGCAAUCCAGAAACAACGAAAAGGGCAGUCAAAGCUUCACGCCUCCAACGGUGCACCGGAGAUCCUUCACAGGUGUCCGAGGAGGGCCUUCCGUGCUCCACUGAAGGGGACGCCGCUUCUUCGUUUUUCAAGUGUCAGGGGCUCUCCUCAAAGGCGAGAACUUCGCUAUCGCCGGCGGAGGACGCGCCGGCAGCAGAUGGCGAGGCGUACACUCCAGGUGUACGUACGCCUCUCGAGCAGAGGCAAGAGCCGCAUAACGACGCAGCCGUUGUAAAUUCGUGUUCCCGAAUGUGGUUCGCCGAUGCGACGGCCGUUGUUGAUUUUGUCACUGGACGGUGGAGGCAGCACUUUGUGAUCCUCGGAAUCUCGAGCUUGGAGGAGGUCCGGACGCUGCGGAAACGCCCGUUCUUCGCUUUGGUGGCGGUCGACGCGCCCUUCGGCGUCCGCGUGGCACGCAUGAAGGCAAAGGAGGGCGCCCAGUUUUCACUGGAGAGCAUGUUGGAGCGGGAAGAUCAACUUUGCUUUCGGUCUGAGGCGCCCCUCAGAGACUGUGCGGCUUCGCCGCAAGUCGACGGUGUCCGUGCCUGCAUGGCCGUUGCGGAUGUGCACCUGACGGCCGAUGGCGACUCGGAUCUUCUCGAAAGGAAAAUUGCAGCGGCCGGAUUCCUCAGCGAAGAGCUGGUGAGGCCUUCGUGGGACACGUACUUCAUGCGACUCACCUACCUGGCGGCGACGCGCUCGAACUGCAUGAAGCGCAGAGUCGGGGCCAUCGUGGCACGCGGAAACCGGGUGAUCGCUACGGGCUACAACGGAACGCCGUCGCAGGCAUCGAACUGCAAUGAGGGGGGCUGCGCGAGAUGCAACGACCCUCGCGUGUCCCAAGGCCGGGAGCUUGAGGCCUGCGAGUGCAUCCACGCUGAAGCGAAUGCUCUGCUGGAGGCAGGCCGAGACCGUGCAAUGAACAGCACGCUGUACGUCACUUGCCUCCCCUGCCUCGGAUGCGCCAAGCUCGUCGUUCAGUCGGCGAUCCGAACCGUGGUCUACGCAGAGGAAUACGACCACCGGAGUGGCGCUCUGAGUCUUCUCACACGGAUGGGGGUGACUGUACGGCAGUUCUCCGAAGACCAUCCAGGAGUCCCUGGAAUGACAAUCGCAGUCAAGACUUGCUGA